AUGGCGACGCCGGCGCAGAUCCAGCUGAACCGGCGGCUCACGCGUGCGGAAACACCCGCGGAGAUCUUGGAGGUUGUUCAGAAGGACUUGCAGCAGUUCAACUUGGUUAAUUGCACCACUGCCCUGCACCGCUAUGCCAAAGCGAUUUCCCAAGGUGGCUGCGGACCCCACCACGACGCGGGUCAGGAGCGGACCCCCAAACCGCUGGGGCGGUUGCUGCAGCAUCUGGCGGAGAUGGUCGCCAAAGGGAAGGCGGUACCUGCACAGAACUUGGCCAACGCGCUGUGGGCCAUUGAACGCCUGGGUCUCACCGCGCAGACGGCUGCGGUCUGUGCGGUCUGCAAUGCUGCACGGGAGGCUUUGGCAGAGGAGCGGCAGAUGUGGGGCUUCACCGGGCAGAAUUUAGCGAACAGCGCCUGGGCCGUGGCGAAGCUGCUGAAUGGGCGCGGCGCGGCGCAGCUUUUGGCCGGUCGCACGCGCGCGCACUUUUUCGAGCCCUUCGUGGCGGCGCUGGACGCCCGCGCGGGCGAUCUGAAUGGCCAGGAGCUCUCAAUGGCCGCCUGGUCCUUGGGCCACCAAACCGGCGACCCACGAGCUGCUGGCGCGCUGCAACGCCUGGCUGAGGUGGCACGGGCCUGGGACGUCCGGAACUUGAGCGCUCAGCAGUUGGCGACACUCAGUUGGGCCUUAGCCCGCUUGGAUUGCCGGGACGAGGCCAUCCUGACCGACCUCGCCAGCGCCGCGGCGCCCAGUGUGGCCCGAGGCGAGUUCAAUGCCCAAGACCUCUCCAACAUCGCCUGGGCCUUCGGCCGACUGCAGCCGCAGGGCGCGCCGGGCGCGCAGGGCGCGCAGCGCGCGCCGGGUGCGUCGGCGUCGGCGUCGGCCGCGGCGCGUGCGAAGCUCCUUCAGCGCCUGCAGAGGGCGGUGCUGCCCUUGUGCCGCGUGACCGAGCCGAAGCGGCCGACGUCCCGCGCGGCGCGCGAGUCCGAGCGGGGCUUCUCGGCCCAGCAGAUGGCGGUGCUCGCCUGGUCGCUGGCGCGGCUGGGGGCCGCGCCGGCGACCUUGACCGCGGUGGUGGAGGCCGUGGCGGCUCGGAUCUCCGAGCUCUCGCCUCGAGACUUGACGGAUGUGGUGUGGGCCUUGGGCCAUGCGGGGGUGCAGCACUCCGACUUCCUGAAGCAAGCUGGACACUACGCCCAGCUGCGACGGCCAGACUUCGGCACCCAAGAAAUGUUGCGCUUCUUAGGCGCCUUUCGUCGUGCAGGUGGGGAUGCCAGCGUCCAGCAAGACUUGGCAUCCCAGCAGCAGGAGUUGGUCUACGACUUCCCAGCGAUGGGGCUGAAGGUGACGCUCCAUGCUGAGACCCCUGGGCUCCGCGGCACCGCCGCUGCUGCGCGCCGCCGCACACGUGUGCGGCGGGCGGCGCUGCGGGAGCGAGAGGAGUUGGGCGGUGAUCCCCAGCGUGCGGAUGGCGGCACCACAGGCGUGGCCGUGUGGGAAGCCUCCUUUGUCCUGGCGGAGUGGAUCUCGCACCUGAAAGGCUUGGCGUGCUGCCAGGCCUUUCAGGAGUUGGUGAAGGAGGCCGGCGAGCCGUCGUUGAUGAAGAGGUGGCGCUCCUGGGGCCACCAGGUGGCUGUCGAGCUGGGCGCUGGGCUGGGGCUGCCGGCCAUCGUAGCGGCACACCGGGGCCUACAGCGCGUGGUGGCCACGGACGGGGAUUCCUGUGUCAUGAAGCUUUUGCGAGAGAAUGUGGAGAUCAACCAGCCCGCGUCAGGUGGCCUCAGUGCUGUGGCCUUGCUCUGGGGUGCUGAGGAUCCGGUGCAGCAGCUGCAGCUCACGCAGCCCGCGGACCUGCUCCUGGCGGCGGAUGUGAUCUAUGCCUCGGCAAAAGAAGCCCUCAACAAGCAGCUGCUGGAGACGAUGCUCAAGCUCACCCAUCCCGACUCGGUGGUCAUCCUGGGGAACGUGCGUCGCUUCCAUCAGGUGAAGAAGGGUGAGCAGAAGUUCCUCCAGGAGGCUGAACGACUCUUCCACCGCACCGCGGUGCCCAGCAGCGAGCUGCAUCCGGACUUCCAGCGGAUGGGCCUUGGAAGCUGUGAAAUCCACCUCCUGUGCAUCCGCCGGGCGCAGCUCGUGCGGUCUCCGCCCGGUGCCACGUCGAAGGCGAAGACGAAGCAGGUCAAGUCUUUGAAGACGUGUGAGCCGGAGACUCCGACGGCGCCGAGGAGAGGAAAACGGCGGCGUUCCAAUGGCGAGGACUUGGAACGAAAGAAGCGACGGAAGGCGAGCGCCUUGCCGGCGCGCGGGGACGCCGCGGGCGCGGCGGAGACCCGCGCCAGCGGCUUGCUCAAGGGCGCCGAGGAGGCCCUUUCCGAGCUGAAAACCAAGGUGAACGAACUGAAGAACGGUGUCUCAGCUGACCUCAAGGUCUGGUGCUUGAUGGAGAGCAAAUCGCUGGACUUUAAGCUUCAAGACUUCGAGCGAAGGGUGACCACCUUGUCUCGCAAGCAGACGCAGUUGGAGAACAACACCAAGGCGAAGGAGGCGAUGGAAGCGGCCAUGGCGGAGAAGAAGAUUGUGGCCUUGCUCAAACACCACCAGAAGGCCAAGACUUUGACGACGGAGGACCUCGUGAAGGAAAUGGCCAAGGAGGAGGAUCAAAUCAGCAAGGAUGCUUUCGUGGCCUUCGUCGGUGCGUGUGAGAAGGACGACGGAGUUGAGGUGACCGAGGAGGAGAUAGGCACCUUCUUUGAAGCCCAGGAUGUCGAGAAAGAGGACUUCCUCACGAAGGAGCACAUGUUGAUGCUCGUCCGCACGCUGAAGAAGGUGGUGAAGGAAACCACCAUGACCGAGGGUCUGGACAUCAGCGAGAGCACCGUGAUGACGAAGCUCGAGGUGGGCGAAGUGGUCGAGCUCUUGAGUGAGCCGAGCGAGCAAGGUGACAUGCUCCGGGCGCGGUGCCGGAGGAUGAGAGACGACACGGAGGGCUGGGUGACGAUCAAGGGCAACCAGGGCUCAGCCUAUCUGGCUGAUGGCGGCCUUGUGUGGAGGGUCCUCAAGGAGACGCUCCUCACCGAAAGCUUCGAUCUGGACGAUGACUCCGCCUCGGAAGAGGUGCGCAAGCUCCGGCUGAAUGAGCUCGUCGAGGUCCGGGAGUGGAUGAGAAAGGAUGAGAAGUCCGGCAUGAUCCGGAUGAAGUGCAAGACCAAGAUGGACCAUAAGGUGGGCUGGGCCACGGCUGUGGGGAACGCUGGCACCGUGUUUCUCACUGUCCACUAA